UAGACAUAAAAUUAGUUUAGUAUUUAUUAUACUUGGGCCAUUUACAAAUUAUUAAUAUUAAUGACUACAAUUUUAAAAUCACCAUAGCCCCCAUAUCUUAUAAACCCAUUACACCAUGAAUCUUUUAUUCUUAGAACAUAAAGUUGAAUAACUCAAAAACUACCCAUAGAAAUGUUGUUUCUGAUAUAUACGUCAAAAAUUUCAGAAAAAUUACCCACUGUAUAAUUUACAAUUGAAAAAAGGUGUUCUCAAUUGAAAAACUGAAGUUUGUAUCUUUACAGGAUACUCUUUAAGUAGUACAAAAAAAUCUAAAGAAUUUGAAAAUAUAGUUUUAAAAUAUAUUAAAAUCAGAUUUUGAAUAACUGCAUUAUUAAAGAAAAAGGGGUACGCAUGCUUGGUGAAUCACUCUUUAUAAUACUUUUAUUUUGUACUACUGGUAUAGAUCUCAUAAAAUUGAAGCCAAACAUUUACAAAGGUAAUAAUUAACUAUAGAAAUCUAUGUGUAAGUUAUUUUAAAUGCUGAUAUUCUAUUAUGUAAUGCUUGAACAGGUAUGAGACUCAAAAUUGUAAACAACGUAAUGAUAACUUGCUUGCAAAUAAUGCUGUACCGUUAACAGAGAAUAUUACAAUGCCUGUUGUAAAUAGUGUUUGGACAGCAGAAAAUACAAGUUUUAUGUUAGAAUGUUACCAUCAAUAUUUGGAACAAAUUGGUCCGAUGAAAAAAUUUAAAAAUAAAAGAUGUAUGUGGAUGAAAAUUAAACAAGACAUUCAAGACAAAUUUAACUACUCAUUCACAGAUAUACAAAUUGAAAAUCGCUAUAAAACGGUUUUAAAAAGAAACAAAAUGUCUACCAAAAAUAAUAACACUACUGGAUCUUCUCCAAAAUUUAGUACGGUUGAUAAUGAGUUCGCAAAAAUUACUGCAUUGGACGACUCUAUUGAGCCGGCUGUCCAAGUUGGUACAUCGAGUUCUGGACUUAAACGAUUGAUCAAAGAAGAUAUUGUACCCAAAGAUAUGCCAAUCGUUUCAAACAAAAAAGUUAAAACUUCUGUCACAGAUGUUUUAAUUGCUAUGCUCAAAGAAAAAGAAGAAAAUAAAAAACAAAGAGAACUAAACCGUGAAAGGCGCCAUAAUGAAAAAAUGGAUUUGCUUAGAACUCUUUUAAAUAAUAAGUGA